AUUGGCCAUUCGAGGAAAAACAGACCAGGCUUCCAAUUUGAUACAGUUGCUAAACUUACGUGCAGAAGAUAUCCCGGAGUUACAGUCAUGGCUGGCUCGGAAGGAGAGCAAGUGGCUAUCUCAUGACAUCCUCAACGAGAUGACUGAAAUUAUGGCCCAUGAUGUGAUGAGAACGCUAAUUGGAGAAAUUAAGUCUGCUGAGUUUUUCUCUGUGAUUAUGGAUGAGACCGCCGAUAUUACGGUCAAAGAGCAGGUGUCUAUCUGCUUCCGUUUUGUGACUGAAGAUCUGGAACCAGAGGAACUUUUUCUUGGAUUUUAUCAGACAUCAAAAACGACAGCAGAAACCCUUUUUCAGCUUUUAAAAGACGUUUUGGUUAGAUUCUCACUGCCAGUCAGUAAAUGCAGAGGACAAUGCUAUGACGGUGCGUCAAAUGUGUCUGGCAUUAGAACAGGUCUACAGGCUCGCAUGCGGGAGCUGGAGCCCCGAGCACAGUACAUCCAUUGCACUGCUCAUGUUAUGAAUUUGGUUGUGCAUGAUGUCGCCCAAAACAUUCCACCAUGUCGGAACUUCAUGGUACUUAUUCGUGACAUGGUAACACUCAUCAGAAAUUCCCCAAAGCGACUCACCUGGUUCCAAGAGUUUCAAGGCAAAGACGCAUCAUCUUUGAAACCGUUAUGCCCGACGCGCUGGACCAUGACAACGGCCUCGUUACAAGCCAUUGCUUCCAACUACAGCGCGCUACUGGAAUUUCUGGAGGACCUGUCUCUGAACGAAAAAGGUGACGCAGGAGUCAAUGCUGCACUCCAAAAGAGGAGUUUGCACCUACAGAAAGCUAGGCAGAUGGUUGACACGCUCAGAGAAGACAUAAAGUGUCUUCGUGAAGAAGGAUUCCAAGGAUUUUGGGAAAACACAACUGCAGCAGCACAUGACUUGAAUUUGGAGAGCCCAGCUGUGCCAAGGCCAAGAAAAAUACCCCGCCGACUGGAAGAUGGAGGUUUGCCGCACUGCUUUCAAACACCAGAAACAAUGUACCGACAGCAAUUCUUUGAGAUCAUGGAUACAGCGUCAACAUGCCUGGACUGCAGGUUUAGUCCUUCUGUAUUCGAACGCAUGCAAGAUGUUGAGGAUUUUCUGAUCGGGAAGGGUGACUGCAAAAGCAUCAUGGAGUUCUAUAGGGAUGAUUUGGAUGAGAAAAGGCUCAGGCUGCAUCGUGAUAUGUGCAUUGACUUAGCAAAGCAACGAGGAGUUCGCCUAGCUUCUUUUCAAGAUGUAGUGGACUUCCUAAAAGGCAAUCAGGGAGAGCACCUGAGAAUCAUGUUGCCAGAGAUGACCAAACUAGUGAAACUCGCACUGACUGUCCCAGUAACAUCCUGCAGUUCAGAGAGGUCAUUUUCAGGCCUGCGGCGACUUAAAACUUAUUUGAGGUCCACGAUGGGGCAAGCAAGACUGACCCAUAUUGCUGUAUUGAACACUCACAAGGAUGUAUCAAGAAAUAGGAAUCUGGAUGUAAUCGCAGACGAAUUCAUCAAGCGCACUGCUGCGAGGAGUGCCACUUUCCUCAUAAAGAAGUAGCGUCAAUGGUGAGUGAAAACAAAUCCAAUUUUGAUAUUUAGUAGCUGUGUGGGCCUAUGUGUUGAUGGUUAAUUGACUGCAUUUUACUGCGUGGACCUGUAUGCUUUGUGUGUGUAACAACAGCAUUAGAUGGCCGAUUAUAACUUGUUUGGCUGGCGGCGUACGUGUCUCACAGCCACGGUGGUGUCGAAUUUGCGUUGGAUUGUGCACUUGGCCUUAGUUAA